UCACUUUUGGUGAGUUUUGUUCGAACGUUCAUGCUGUGCAGUUCAGUUCUUAUGUUGUUGCUCUACUUCUCUCUUCCAGUCUUCACGUUGUUGUUUUCGUGUGUCUCGACAGCAGGAAGGAAAGUCAUUCCUAGAUUAUUCCGUGUUGAAAACAGUGUGCGAGAGAGAGAGAGAGCUUCGCAGAGCACUCAUUGGAGUCAUUGCUCAGCUCUCGGGUGCCUCCGUUUCGACGUGUUUGCAUUGGGUGCCAUUGCAACGAUGCCCUCAUAGAGAAAACUACCAGCUUUGAGGAAAACAGUUAUUAUGGUACUGCAGUAGUUGAGUUGAAGCAUUAGUGUUCUGCAUUCACUAUCGCUCCUGUUCUGGUGCGCCGUCUCGACUUCUCUAGCCUGUUUUUGCCAUAGAAGAGAAGACCAUGGAUAAAAUCAAAUCUUUUUUCGAGGAGAAGAAGUUGGACAGCAAGUUCAAGAAGGCGGGCGAGGGCCAUCGUCUCGAUGCUGCACCAUCGCAGCAGGCGUCAUCAGCUGCUGCUGGUGCUGCCGCUUCCAGGGCCGCGUCGGCGUCGGCAGGCUCCGCCAGGGCGGCUUCGGCAGCAGCACCAUCCUCGGCCUCGGCGAGUGGCGGUCAACCUCGUGCUGCUGCUGCUGCCGCCGCUGCUGCACCAGCAUCAGAAGCAAGUACGGCGGCGGCAGUGGCUGCUCUGAGCAGGCACGAGCAACACCAGCGUAACACUGCACCCAUCACUGGCACCGUGUUCCGGAGAAAAGCCAGCAGCGAAGCCUCUGCCAGUGCGAGCGCAUCGUCCUCUGGAGCGGCGGCAACGGCAGCGGAAAACCCCGUUGAUCCGGCCGUGCGUCAGCGCAACGCCAACAUUACGGGUCUAGGUGGCGGCGACAGUAGACUGUUUCCCGUCAAGCUGAUAUGUCCGAUGUGCGGCGAGAGCUUUGGACGGCAAGACCGUCAGGAGCAUCUGGAAAAGUGCUUUCGCGAGGAGCUGCCACGCGAGCCGCUGGUGACCUCGGCGUUUAUGCUGUUUACGAUGACGCGGAAUAGCGAAAAGUUGCAGGCGUGCGUGGAAACCAUCCGCAAGUACCUGAACAACAUCAUCAUGAACCCGACGGAGGCCAAGUACGGACGGAUACGCCUGCAGAAUGCCGUUGUGCGCGACCGAGUGGUGGUCGUACCGGGGGCCUUAGAGUUCCUUGAUGCAGUGAAAUUUAAGCUGCAUAAGAUGUCCAAGGACGGUGAGGCACCUGAAGAGGACUUUCUUGUCAUGGAGGAAGCAGACCGUGGGAACUCUGACAUGCUUACGGUUGCGAUGGAGAUCUUGGAAAAUACCAAGCCGCUGAAAGUGAAGUUAGACCGUUGCUUUCAGGUGUUACGUGUGUCCCAGCGGCUGACACAGUUCCCAUUGCCGGCCGCCUUCUUCCGCAUGACGGCCGAGGAGCUGAAGCGUGAACAGGCGCGGCGGAAACAAGAGGUUGAGACACUCUCCACUCUGCGCACACAGGCAAUGAGGGAUCGUGACACGCAGGCGGCACUGCGCACCUAUCGCUAUUGUGUGCUGCGCGUGCGCUUCCACGACGGUGCCGUCCUCCAGGCUAUGUUCUACCCGAACGAGAUGAUCUCUGAUGUGCGCCUGGCCAUAAACAGCGCUCUGCGAGAGGAGCUGCAGAAUGCGGAGUUUGUCAUGAUCGAUCCACGCGGCCGACCGGUGAAGGAUGAGAUGGUGACGUUGUCAGCAGCCCACUGGGUACCCCACGCACUGAUCACGGUCCACUUUGUGAAGCACGGCAGCGGACUGUCCCCCGAGGACACACGCUUUCUCAGAGUUGAACUCAUGAUGAACAUCGUUAGUGAUUACUAACACUAUAGCUAGCUACUCCGGCGUCGGCGUCGUCGUUGUCAGCCAGUCAACACAUCUCGUCGGCGUCGUCGUCGUGUGCUGCUAUCCAACACUGGUACGCUAUCUACAGAUGUGUGCAGCUUUGCGGACUAGUGCCGUUUGGUUGUCAAAGCACCAGCACCGCCAACUUGGCUAGCAAGUGGUUGCGUGGCGUGGCGCUUGCUGUCUGCGCCUGGAUGUUAGAGCGCGGUGGUCAGUGGAAACUAUCGCACCCGCGUGUGCGUGCUGCCGUUGUCGUCAUCGCCUUGUCUCGGGGCGUGUGUGUCCCUGCACGCAGUAGAUGCUGCUACCAGUCUUCGUGGUGGUAGUGGUGGUGAUGAUGUCGCUUCCGUCUUGUUGUCAAUGAGUCAAGCAUCUGCAGCUCGGUUAUACUAGUAGUUUGCCUGCAUUUGCCCAUCGCCAGCGGGGGUGCUGCUGCUGCGGGAUGUGGCGUUAGUUGUGAUGGGGAUUGCACCAAUCUGUACACUCCAUUUAUGUCCAAGUGCUGCCUGUCUCCUCGCACUGUGUGGGAGGACCCGCUGACAACACGCCAACCAGCCAUGCAAUGCAAUAGUGUAUAUUCACGUGUCUGGUCCUGGUCGCUCUGCUCUACUAGUACUCGGCCCCUGUAGAACACAAGCUCCGGGGCCGUGCCGCUGCUGCUGCUGCCGCUGCUGCUGCCGCUGCUGCUGCUGCUGCUGCUGCUGCUGCGGCAGUAGUAUUGUGUACCAUAGCAUGGAGUUGCUCUCGUCCUGUCUGUCCGCCCUCAAACUCAACGUGUAAGUGUAUAGUUUACCAGCGCGCACACACACGCACGCACCUUGUACACACACCUUGUCAUCGUCCGUAUGCCAUGUCCCCGUGAGUAGCAUGUAACCAUGGUAGCAAUACGUGUGCAGCUCCAGCAUGUUUGUCAGGCAUCUCACCUCGUCUCACAUGCUGCAUCUUAGUACAUGUAGUUAAGUUUCCAGUUUUCUUGUUCAGCAUGCCCCCCCCCCCCACUACUGUGGUGAGAUUCUUGCCCUGCUUGUUCAGCACUGUCCCCCCCCCCCCCCCCCGCCCACACACACACACACGCUGUACGCUACUCAGUGGUGAGAUUCUUGCCCUGCUUGUUCAGCACUGUCCCCCGCCCACACACACACGCUGUACGCUACUCAGUGGUGAGAUUCUUGCCCUGCUUGUUCAGCACUGUCCCCCCCCCCCCCCCACACACACACGCUGUACGCUACUCAGUGGUGAGAUUCUUGCCCUGCUUGUUCAGCACUGUUCCCCCCCCCCCCACACACACACGCUGUACGCUACUCAGUGGUGAGAUUCUUGCCCUGCUUGUUCAGCACCUGGGCUUCCCCCCCCCCCCCCCCCCUCCCUGAACCUACCCAGUUGUGUCCAAUGUCUUUAUUUCUACCCAUCAAGUCAUUGAACAUGGAAAUAGGUUUCAUGUGCUCUUGUUGCUACCGGAAGGCGUUUUGCCACAUCACGUUGAGUUUUGCUCCGCCAAGAUUUAUUUCUGCUUGCUGGCGUUUUAUCUCCUACAUGUACAUUGUACGUCUCGUCAACCGAAAUUAUAACCCCAAUGACUUUUUCACAGAUAGAGUGCAUGGCUGGCUGUGCAUUCAAUAUGUAUCGUGCUACACUACUCGAUCUCCAUGUAUGUUCGUUAUUGCGCUAUACUACAUCCUUUUUCUGCCGUAUCGGAAUUUUCAUGAAUUUCCAAA